AGAGAAAAAAAAGUAAGAUAUCGUGUGGAAAAGAGCAUACUGAUCUAUAAGGUAAAGUGAGAAGUGAGUAAAAAUUGUGUAGUGGUUGAGAACAACACCAGGGGUAACGAGGGGUCCGUUAACCCAUCAAAAAUAUCAAACGCUUUAAAACAAAACUUUGGAUUUUUUUUUUUUUGUUAUUAAUUAAUAUUCAAAUUUUUUAAAUAAUAUUAUAUUUACUCGAAUAAAUUAUAAAUAAAAAUAAAAAAUAGUGGUGGGCAUAUUUAAAUGUUUUAAAUAAAGUCGUGGUAGUCAUUGUCGCACUGGUGAGGAGGCCGUUAGAUUUUUCUUGUGUAUCAAGUGUAUGUAUAUGUGUAUAUAUAAUAUAUGUGUGUGUAAGAAUAUUGCUGGCUGGCUUGCUAACUUACUUAAAAAUUCUGGAGCUAAAUUUUUUAUUUUAUUUUAAUACAAGCCAACAAAUAUUGGUCAUGCUUCGAUCAGUUUCAAUAAUCGACAAAGAAAUUUUCAGCAAUUAGCACAGAGGACAAAUAAAAAAUAAAUAAACAUAAUAGUAAUAGUAAUAAAAGGAUUAAAAGAUCUAACGGAUAAAAUAUAUAUAAACAUCGAGUGAAGAUAAAAACUAUAACAAAUAAUGUCAAGUCACCGAGGAAGUGGAGGAAGUCAUCAAGGUGGUGGUCCACCGGGAUUAAAACAAAUAGAUCUAGAUCAAAUCUGGGGUGAUUUACGUGAAGGAAUCGAACAGGUUUAUAAUCGACAAUGUAUGUCUAAACCACGAUAUAUUGAACUGUAUACCCAUGUGUACAAUUAUUGUACGAGUGUUCAUCAGCAAGUAAACAGAACAUCAACUAAAAGUAAAAAAGGCCAUGCUUCGGGUGGUGCUCAACUUGUUGGAUUGGAGUUGUACAAACGUUUACGUGAUUUUCUACGAAAUUAUUUAAUAAGUUUAUUAAAACACGGUAUUGAUUUGAUGGACGAAGAUGUAUUGCAAUUUUAUACACGACAAUGGGAAGAAUAUCAGUUUAGUAGUAAAGUAUUGAAUGGUGUCUGUGCAUACUUGAAUCGGCAUUGGGUACGUAGAGAAUGCGAAGAAGGAAGAAAAGGAAUUUAUGAAAUAUAUCAACUUGCUCUUGUUACUUGGAGAGAUAAUUUAUUCAAGCAUCUCAAUAGACAGGUAACAAAUGCAGUGUUGAAAUUAAUUGAACGUGAACGUAAUGGAGAAACAAUAAAUACACGAUUAGUAAGUGGUGUUAUAAAUUGUUAUGUUGAGUUGGGUUUAAAUGAAGAGGAUCCAGCAGCUAAAGGACAAAAUCUAACGGUAUAUAAAGAUUCAUUUGAAAAUGUAUUUUUGGAGGAUACUGAACGUUUUUACACACGCGAAAGUGUUGAAUUUUUACGUCAAAAUCCAGUUACCGAAUAUAUGAAAAAAGCGGAACAAAGAUUAUCUGAAGAACAAAAACGUGUACAAGUAUAUUUACAUCAGACGACAAAUGAAAGAUUAGCUAAAACAUGUGAACGUGUAUUAAUAGAAAAACACUUAGAUAUAUUUCAUGCUGAAUUUCAAAAUUUACUUGAUUCAGACAAAAAUCCAGAUCUUGGUAGAAUGUAUUUAUUAGUUGCAAGGAUACCAAAUGGUCUUGGUGAGCUACGUAAUUUAUUAGAAUGUCACAUUGCUAAUCAAGGUUUGGCAGCUAUCGAUAAAUGUGGUGAUACUGCAGCUAAUGAUCCGAAAAUUUAUGUUAAUACAAUAUUAGAAGUACAUAAAAAGUACAAUGCGCUUGUAUUAGUUGCAUUUAAUAAUGAUAGUGGAUUUGUUGCUGCACUUGAUAAAGCUUGCGGUAGAUUUAUAAAUAGUAAUUCUGUAACAAGAGCCGCUAACAGUAGUAGUAAAUCACCAGAAUUAUUAGCUAAAUAUUGUGACUUAUUAUUAAAAAAAAGUAGUAAAAAUCCUGAAGAAGCUGAAUUAGAGGAUACAUUAAAUCAAGUAAUGGUUGUAUUUAAAUAUAUCGAAGACAAAGAUGUAUUUCAAAAGUUUUACAGUAAAAUGUUGGCUAAAAGAUUGGUACAACAUAUGUCAGCCAGUGAUGACGCUGAAGCCUCUAUGAUAUCUAAAUUAAAGCAAGCCUGUGGCUUUGAGUACACAUCUAAAUUACAAAGAAUGUUCCAAGAUAUUGGAGUAUCUAAAGAUUUAAAUGAAGCUUUUAAAAGACAUCUCACUAAUUCUGCAGAGCCACUGGAUAUUGAUUUUAGUAUUCAAGUUUUAUCUUCUGGUUCUUGGCCUUUCCAACAAUCAUUUACAUUUUCUCUGCCAACUGAGCUGGAACGUUCAGUUCACAGAUUCACAACAUUCUACAGCUCACAACACAGUGGAAGAAAACUUAACUGGCUGUACAACAUGUCAAAGGGUGAAUUGCACACAAAUUGUUUUAAAAAUCGAUACACUUUGCAAGCUUCAACAUUUCAAAUGGCUGUAUUGUUGCAAUACAAUGCCGCAACAUCAUGGACUAUUCAACAAUUACAUGAUGCAACUCAAAUAAAAAUGGAUUUCUUGUUACAAGUUAUUCAAAUAUUAUUAAAAGCUAAACUAUUGACUGCUCCCGUUGACGAUGAGGCUGAACUUACUCCAUUGUCAUCUGUUGAAUUGUUUACCGGCUACAAAAAUAAAAAGUUACGAGUUAAUAUUAACAUACCAAUGAAAACAGAAUUAAAAAUAGAGCAAGAAACAACACAUAAACACAUUGAAGAAGAUCGCAAAUUACUUAUUCAAGCUGCUAUUGUACGAAUCAUGAAGAUGCGUAAAGUAUUGAAACAUCAGCAGCUGGUUGCUGAAGUAUUAAAUCAAUUAAGCUCACGAUUCAAACCACGAGUACAUGUCAUCAAAAAAUGUAUAGAUAUUUUGAUUGAAAAGGAAUAUUUAGAACGGACAGAAGGACAAAAGGACACAUACAGUUAUUUGGCAUGAUUUAUUAUUAUUAUUAUUAUUAUUACUAUUACUAUUAUUGUUUGUUUAAAUCAACAACGAUUAAAAACAAUAACUAUAAUAAUAUUACUACGAAUAAUUUUUAUUUGAUUUGAUUUAAAUAAAACAGUAAAUUUACUAAAAUAACAUCAUCGUCAUCAUCAUCAUUUUCAUCGUCAUUAUUAUUAUUAUAAAAAAAAUUUCACAAAAUAAAAAAAAAUAUAAAAAUA